AAUAAGAAAAAGAGGGCGAUCUGGGGGCGGGGCUGAAUGAGCGCGUCAGGGACGGAGAGGCCAAAGAGAGGAAGAGAAAAGAGGCGUGGCUGGGGCGGCGAAAGGGGGCGUGCCCUGAGUGGCCGUUGGUCGCGCGGCGGUUGCUGUGUGCGCUCGCGACCUCCGCUGGGCGUUCGGUGAGGAGAAGAAGGCGGCGGGAAGGGAAGGAAAGGGAGCGGCGCACAAUGGAGGCCUCUCCCUCAGGAGCCGGGCCCUCGGCGGUGGCGGCGGCGGGGGCCAUGGGCGGGGAGAACGAGGCGGAGAGCCGCCAGGGCCCCUGGGAGGGCACCGAGGGUGCCGGCUCCCGCCUCAACCUGUUGGACACUUGCGGGGUGUGCGGGCAGCACAUCCAGAGCCGGCGGCCCAAGCUGCUGCCUUGCCUCCACUCGCUGUGCCUGCGCUGCCUGCCGCCGCCCCACCGCUACCUCAUGCUGCCGCCGGCCGCCGCCCCUCCCUCGCCCGGAGCCGGCGGACCAGGCCCCAAGGACCCCCCGCUCCCGCCGCCGCCGCCGCCCCCACUCCAGCCCUCGCCCACCUCCGCCUCGCCCCCAACCGCCGCGCCGCCCUCGCCGCUCCACUGCAACCCAGUUGGUGUUGUUCGUUGUCCAAUAUGUGGCCAGGAAUGUGCAGAAAGACACAUUAUUGAUAACAUCUUUGUGAAAGAUACUACUGAAGUUCCCAGUAGUACAGUGGAGAAGUCAAAUCAGGUUUGUACAAGCUGUGAAGACAAUGCAGAAGCCAAUGGUUUUUGUGUAGAGUGUGUUGAGUGGUUAUGUAAAACCUGCAUACGAGCUCAUCAGAGAGUGAAAUUCACAAAGGACCAUACAGUCAGACAGAAAGAGGAGGUGUCUCCAGAGGCUGUUGGUGUAACUAGUCAGAGACCUGUGUUCUGCCCUUAUCACAAAAAGGAGCAGCUGAAGCUCUAUUGUGAAACAUGCGACAAGUUGACGUGUCGAGAUUGCCAGUUGUUGGAACAUAAAGAGCACAGAUACCAGUUUAUAGAAGAAGCCUUUCAAAAUCAAAAAGUAAUAAUUGAUACACUUGUUACAAAGCUGAUGGAGAAAAGCAAUUAUAUAAAAUACACAGGAGAGCAAAUUCAAAACAGGAUCCAUGAAGUUAAUCGGAAUCAAAAACUGGUGGAACAGGAUAUUAAAGUUGCUAUUUUCACAUUGAUGGUAGAAAUAAAUAAAAAGGGGAAAGCUCUGCUUCAUCAGCUUGAGUGUCUAGCCAAAGAACACCGAGUAAAGCUUCUGCAGCAACAACAGGAAGUGGCAGGUCUUUCUAAGCAACUGGAACAUGUCAUGAAUUUUUCUAAAUGGGCAGUCUCCAGUGGUAGCAGCACAGCAUUACUGUACAGCAAACGCCUGAUUACAUAUCGUUUACGAUAUCUCCUUAGGGCACGGUGCGAUGCCUUACCAGUGUCUAAUGCCACUAUUCAGUUUCACUGUGAUCCUAGUUUUUGGGCACAAAAUAUCUUCAAUUUAGGUUCUUUGGUAAUUGAAGAUAAUGAGAUCCCACCACACAUGCCUAAAAGCCCUGUGAUGGAACCAAACAUACAGCCACAAAGUGGCUUACCUUCAAAUCAACUAUCCAAGUUCCCAACACAGAUCAGUUUAGCCCAACUGCGACUUCAGCACAUGCAGCAACAGGUCCUUGCUCAGAGGCAGCAAGCUCAACGGAGGGCAGGUCCUGUGGGGCUCCCAAAUCCUAGAAUUGCAGGGCCCAUGCACCAGAUUCCACCACCACCACCACCUCUUCCUCCUCCUCCUCCUCAGCCACCUCCACGUCUAGUUAACUUCCAGAAUAACAACCUCAAACCCAAUGGCCCAGUCCCUCUGGCUCAGCCAAUGAGGUUUCCUCAGAGCCAGAAUAUACCACAAUCCACUGCAAGACCCAAUCCAUUGCAGAUGGCAUUUUUGGCGCAGCAAGCUAUUAAACAGUGGCAAAUCAACAGUGGACACGUUGCUGCUGUUCCCUCUAAUGCCAGCAGUACAACAUCAACGCCUUCCAGUCCCACGAUUAAUAGUGCUUCUGGAUUUGAUGGGAAGACAUUUACACCACCCAUGAUAGAUCUGACAUCAGCAGUGGGUGGCUCCUAUACACUUCCCUCUCUUCCUGAUAUUGACUGUUCAGCAAAUAUUUCUUUGGAAAGCAUGGGGAGGCGAGAGACUAUUAUGGACCAGAGCCAACUCAAACCUCCUUCACGCAAAACUGUACAGUCUCCAAAUUCAUCAGUGCCAUCCCCAGGAUUGGGUGCAGUUUCUAGUAUUCAUCCUCCAGUUCGUUCACCCAGUGCUUCCAGUGUUGGAAGUAGAGGCAGCUCUGGCUCCUCUAGCAGGCCAUCAGGUGCUGAUUCAACCCAGAAAGUCCCUGUGGUCAUGUUAGAGCCCAUCAGAAUAAAACAAGAGUCUGGCAUGCCCAGUGAGAACUAUGAUUUCCCAGUUGUAACAGUGAAGCAAGAAACAGAUGAAGAAUCCCAGAAUCGAAAUUCCAGAUAUCCCCGAACCAUGCUUACCUCAUUGUUAUUGAAUACCAGCCGCUCCUCUGCAGCAACUGUCUUGAGAACCGAAGCACCAGACAGCACAGGUGACCAGCCAUCCAGUGGCAAGGCAGCAUGGAUGGGGUCAGCUCACGUUGGAGACAGCAGGAAGGAGGAUGACCCCAAUGAAGACUGGUGUGCAGUGUGUCAGAACGGAGGAGAGCUUUUGUGUUGUGAUAGGUGUCCUAAAGUGUUCCACCUUUCUUGCCAUGUUCCCACACUCAGGAAUUUUCCAAGCGGGGAAUGGAUUUGUACAUUUUGCCGUGAUUUGUGUGAUCCAGAAGUAGAAUAUGAUUGUGAUGGCCCAAGUAAUGUGUCUGAAGAAAAAAGAAAACUGGAAGGCAAUAUGGAAUUGUCACCUACAGAUCGGAGGACGUGUGAAAGACUACUGCUGUACCUUUACUGCCAUGAAAUGAGCCUUGCUUUUCAAGAUCCAGUCCCUCCCACGGUGCCUGACUACUACAAAAUAAUUAAGAAGCCAAUGGACUUGUCAACUAUCAAAAACAGAUUGCAAAUGCAUUAUCCGCUGUACACAAAACUGGAAGAUGUGGUGGCUGAUUUCAGGUUGAUCUUUCAGAACUGUGCAGAAUUUAAUGAGCCUGAUUCAGAAGUGGCUGAUGCUGGCAUGAAACUGGAAGCCUACUUUGAAGAACUUCUGAAGAAUAUUUUUCCAGACAUAACAUUUCCUGCUCAGCCUUACUUCCGUGCUAAUAGAGACAGUCCAAACUUAUCAGGUGAUUCAGAUGACGACUUUGUGCAACCCCGGAAAAAACGCCUCAAAUGGGAAGAGCGACAUUUUUUAAAAUGAACUGGUUGUAUGUCCUGCUAAGGAUUUUUUACUUAGAUAUUUAUCAACAUUUGUUUUCUGGACUAUUUUAAGACAGUUGACUUCUACAGAUGUGGAUAUUUUCUGCAGGUUCUAUCUUCCCUGCGUGGCACAAAGCAAUGAGGUACAUAUGUGGCAUUAGAAAACUUUCUAUCAAUUCUAUCCUUGUUUUGGAAGAUAAUUGUAUGUUCAUUCCAGAGUGACAGCUGUUCAACUCUUUUAUUAUGAAAGGAUUUGUACACACACAAGAAUGCAAAAAAUUAAAUUUGGAAAAACA